AUGAUAGAAGUUAUACUGAAUGAUCGAUUAGGAAGGAAAAUAAGAGUUAAAUGUAAUCCUGAUGAUACUGUUGGCGAUUUAAAAAAACUCGUCGCUGCACAAUGUGGUACCCGACCCGAUAAAAUACGAAUUCAGAAAUGGUAUACAGUUUAUAAAGAUCAUAUUACUCUUGAAGAUUAUGAGAUACAUGAUGGUAUGGGACUUGAAUUAUAUUAUAAUUAA